CAGCCCUGAAGGAAAAACCAGACCCUGCAUGACGACGGCCAGCAGACUACAUGCGCACAACUGAAGACAACUUGCACAUUUAUCGGCUGUCUGGCUAACCUUUCAAAAUCACCAUGGAGCUGUCGUUUCAGUCCAUGAAAAUCGCACAUCAAGCCCGGGAGGCGGAUGAACUGAGGACAGAGAUGAGAAGGAAGAGCCUCCUCAUCCUUAUUAACCAAUACCUGCUUGGACAAGGCUACAUGGCUGCAGCUGUGGCCUUGGACCAGGAGACCAAUGGAGGUGUCCGGAAGUUCGAGGUUUGUGACAACAUCGAUUUGUCUAUGGUUCUGACUGAGUACGAGAGCUAUCACUACGUCAAGUUCCAGAAAUAUCCCAAACUUAUUAAAAGAAAAGCGGAGCCAGGUGAAAACAGAUCUGCAAAAAGUGGUGUAGUCAAGAGGAGUCCCAGUUCAUCUGUAAAGCCUCUUCCCAAAAUCAGCCAGUCCCAGGGCCUGUUGUCUGGAAACAGCUUUAAGAAGACAUUGGCCUGUUCAAAUGCAAAUGAGAAUAGCUGUUCUGUACCUACAGAAGUGCCGGAGUUUGGUCUACAAGUUUCUUCCAUUAGAAGUGGGCCAGCUGGGGAGGUAGUCAUGAUCAAAAAGGGCCAGAUGACUGAUGGGAGAGAUCUGAUGUUUGACACUGUCAAAGGAGCUAGCUGUGACGCAGACAACAUGGAAAAGCUGCUAAAGCCCCUUAGUGGUUUUUCUGGAAUGAGUGGUGAGAUGAGAGAACUGGCUGCAAUCAUCAGCAGAGACAUCUACUUGCACAGCCCCAAUGUGCGCUGGGAGGACAUCAUGGGCUUGGAGGAUGCAAAGCGAUUAGUCAAGGAAGCUGUCGUUUAUCCUAUUAAGUACCCUCAACUAUUUACAGGCAUCCUUUCUCCUUGGAGGGGUCUGCUGCUGUAUGGCCCCCCAGGUACAGGGAAGACGCUUCUGGCAAAGGCUGUUGCUACAGAGUGUAAGACAACCUUCUUCAACAUCUCAGCCUCAAGCAUUGUCAGCAAGUGGAGAGGAGACUCUGAAAAACUGGUCAGGGUUCUGUUUGAGCUGGCCAGAUACCAUGCCCCAUCCACUAUUUUUCUAGAUGAGUUGGAGUCAGUGAUGAGCCAGAGAGGAACCACUAUGGGAGGAGAGCAUGAGGGAAGCCGCAGGAUGAAGACUGAGCUUCUGGUCCAGAUGGACGGACUUGCAAAAUCUGAUGACCUGGUGUUUAUAUUGGCUGCCUCCAACUUGCCUUGGUUGAACCCACUGCUGGAGGGAAUGAACUUUGAAGAUUUAGGGGAGCUGGACCAUGCAAUGCUGCGGAGGUUAGAGAAAAGGAUUCUAGUCAGUCUUCCCUCCUCAAUAGCUCGCCAAACCAUGAUUUCUCAUUGGCUGCCUCCUCUUAGUGCCACUGGAGGGGUGGAGCUACGAACUGAGCUGGACUAUGAAAAUCUAGCAAAGGAGAUGGAAGGUUACUCUGGCUCUGAUUUAAGACUGGUGUGUAAGGAGGCUGCGAUGAGACCAGUCCGCAAGAUUUUUGAUGCUCUUGAAUCCCACCAGGACGGUGAUUCUGGUAUGCCUGAUUUCCAGCUGGAAACUGUGACAACUGAUGACUUUCGGAAGGUCAUCUCUCACACCAAACCUUCAGCCAGAAACCUGAUGGACAAAUUCACAGCCUGGGAGAGAGAGUUUGAGUCUGUCUAAAGUACAGGCACAUUUUAAAAGCAUAGAAAUAAAAACUUGUAAUAAGAGAG